AUGAACCACUUACUGUCGUCGUGUUUAGUACUGCCGCUUCUGAUGCUAUCCGCUUCGGAGCCCCAGAACAGCACGCAUCCAAAUGGCGGUGCGGCAGGUGUCGAAGAGGGACGUAUUUUAUUUCGCGGUAAACCGCUCCUGAUCUAUCCACCAACGGCUCCCACCCGACAUCAGCUAAUCGUGGGUAUCGGUGUGCCGGUGCAAGAAAUUCCCCAUUCGGUCGUGUUUGGCUGGGUACUGAAGGCACAGUACUAUCUGCCGACGGAGGUUGGAAACUAUGAACCAAUCAAUUUGGAGAACUGGAACGAUAGUCGUCGGGCCAUUCCGGAUCGAAGGCGCCGUUCGAUCGAACGCUACGAGGUGGAUAAUGUGCGCAUUCGUGUGGAACCACUCCCACAGCGGGAUGUGUCAAGCAACGUGGUAGAGAAGGAUGAAGAUGAUUAUUAUGGUGAAGACCCAGAUAUUGAGCCUGGCUCACCAGAAGAACAGGAGUCGGUGAAAACGGACGCACCUAAGCCAGGUGAGCAAGAUGGUACGAAUGGCGUUCCGGAAGGUUACUCCGUGCCGAACGGUCGGUGGAUGGUUUAUAAGGCUAUAGAAGGUCUGAGUAGUGGAUACGGAUUCGGCGGAAGAGCUUGCAUGCUGCGGAGCAUUUGUGAGGCCGCUGAGACACAGUUUACGCACACGGGAGGAGUAUUUGCGGAGCUGUUGCACAUCAUGCUCAGGUGA